ACCGAACCUGUUCUCGCGAGAUUUCCCCCAGCUCUGUUGACUUACUGCCACGUCUUGAAACACACAUCAGCAUCAGCUUUAACUGAAGUCUAAGCGCUUUAGCAAAUAUUCCAAGACAGAGAAAGACCACAGAAUUUAUUUUUCUACACGUAGGGACUAAUAUGGGUCGUGUUCACCUGUUGCCUCUCAUACUGGUGACGUCUGCAGUGCUGCUGCUGUUCUCUAAUCUGGCUGUUGCUCACAGUCACUCUCAUGGCGAUGGCCACUCGCACCAUCAUCACGGACACUCGCAUGGAGAUCAUGAGCCUGAGGUGAGGAUGUUCCAUGGAGCGAGCAAGUGGAGUGCUGAGGCAAAUCUCCCGACAGAGGACGGGCAUGGACACGCUCACGACCACGGACAUGCUCAUGGGCACCACCACGGACACGCUCACGACCAUGGACAUGCUCACGACCAUGGACAUGCUCACGACCAUGGACACGCUCACGAUCAUGGACAUGCUCACGAUCAUGGGCACCACCACGGACAGGCUCACGACCACGGACAGGCUCACGACCACGGACAGGCUCACGACCACGGACACGCUCAUGAUCACGGGCACCACCAUGGUCAUGGACAUCACCAUGGUCAUGGCCAUCAUGGACAUGGUCAUGGCCAUGCACAUGAAGGCGAUAGAGUCAAGAGAGAGGCAGAGGGGGAGAAGAGGGACAUGGUGGAGCUCUGGACACAGGCAAUCGGAGCGACUCUCCUCAUCAGCGCAGCACCUUUUCUGAUCCUGUUUCUGAUCCCAGUUCAGUCAAACAGUGACCAGCACCAGAACCUACUCAAGGUCCUGCUCAGCUUUGCUUCUGGAGGUCUGCUUGGCGACGCCUUUCUCCACCUGAUACCCCAUGCCCUUGAGCCGCACUCUCACCACGACGACGCCGAUGACGCCCACUCUCAUGCGCCUGAGGAGUCGCAUGGCCACUCACACGGUGCUGCCCACGGUCACAUGAUGUCCGUGGGUUUGUGGGUGCUGGGCGGGAUCAUCGCGUUCCUGGUGGUGGAGAAGUUUGUGCGGCUGCUGAAGGAAGGAAACGGACAUGGGCAUUCACAUGGACAUUCACACGUUGUGGCCAAAGAAAAGGACAGUGAUGGUGAAGACACCAAGACAGAGAAGAAGAAAGAAGAGAAAAAAGGAGGCAAGUCGAAGGGGCAGCCCAAGAAGGACAAGAGCACAGACAUCAAGGUGUCGGGUUACUUGAACCUGGCCGCCGACUUCACCCACAACUUCACGGACGGUUUGGCCAUCGGCGCGUCAUUCCUCGUCAGCCCAGCAGUGGGCGCUGUCACCACACUCACCAUCCUGCUGCAUGAGGUUCCCCAUGAGAUCGGAGACUUCGCUAUCCUGGUCCAGUCCGGCUGCACCAAGAGAAAGGCCAUGUGCCUCCAGCUGCUGACGGCCCUGGGGGCCCUGGCCGGAACCUCCUGCUCGCUGCUGGCCGAGGGCGUGGGCACGGCCGCCACCGCCUGGAUCCUGCCCUUCACCGCAGGCGGCUUCGUCUACAUCGCCACGGUGACGGUGCUCCCAGAACUGUUGGCCGGCCGCUCCAGUUUCGGCCAGUCGCUGAUGGAGAUCCUGGCGCUGCUGUUCGGAGUCGGCAUGAUGGUUCUGAUCGCAGAGUACGAGUGACCCGUCCACCCACUCGCUUCCACUGACUGUUUUAUACGCGAAAAUCCACUUUAUUUCCUUGUUUUGUUUCUGGUAUCCAAUGGGUCUUGGCUGGAGGAAGUUUGUCUGAGCCUGGUCUCUGAAGUAUGUUUUUGUUUGCCUCUCCACGUGAACCGCCACAUUAUUUUGUGCUGCCAUUGUCUCAGCCAGCUGCGAUCAUGUGACCAAACGGUGGCGUCCUGGCAAUCAUGAAUGUCAAUGCUUUACACAUUCCAGGAAAUAAAGAUGAAG